CUAAUCGACAAUAGCAACGAUUAAUAAUAAUUCCAUUGGUCCAUUCCAUUCUGACCAUCAAAUGACCUUGAUAUUAAAAUAUGACAAUUGAGUAUCGUUCAAACUUCCAUAACUCGAGUCUGGGGUCUGAACACUCAAAAACAGAAAAGUUAUUUAAGAAAAACUUGUUGGAAAUUUAGUGAAAUGCCCUGAAUUUGACCGAUUUUCUUUGUUUGUUUGGUUAAUCAUCUUGACCUUGAACCAGUUUAAAGAUCAAUUUAAACUCUUAUGACCCAAGAUGACCACGAGUUGGCCUAAUAUUAAUCAGCGCUUCCUGUUCAUUGGCCUCAUCAUGGGUUCAUGAACUUGAGAGAUAAAUUUGUUUUCUUUUUCUAUUCUUUUCCUCCAUCAUCUUAAUCAUCCAACUGACCAGACCGGGUUUUCUUGGUGUUUUCAAUUAGGUAAUCAGAUCAUCUUGAUUAUCAUCAUGUUCAGGCCACUCUCAUGAUAAUACUGUUCAUGUCUUCAAGUGUUAUUGUUAUUGAUUGAUGAUCAUGAUCAUGAUGACGAUGAUUUUUUCCUUCUACCUGAUUUCAACUUUGAUUGUUCCUUAUUUAGUUAAUCUUGAUUAACAUUUUAAUCGGGUUAAUUUCAUUUCCAAUGUCUUCUUGAUUCUUUGAUAGUGAUCAAUUCAAUGUCAUUACUUGUUUAUCUGAUUCUAUCAUCACAAUUAACUUUAACCUUCCAACUGUUGAUUGUUAACAGGUCGACUAUUAUUGAUUCCGAUGAAGAUGAUCAAGAUAAUUUGUUUACUUCUUUUGAACAAUUUCCUGGUAUUCGAGCCGCUGAACAUCAUGUGGACAAAAUUCUCGAAAAUUUGAAUGGUGUUCACAUAGAAUCGAAAAUAAUUACCAACGAUUCGGUUAAAUUUUCUUUCAAUCCGAAUUACUAUCAAGAUGAUUCAACUCUUUUUCCCGUUCAUUAUCAACAAUUUAAUACUAAUCAAGGAUCAAAUAUCAACAAUUUACGACGAUUAUUGUCGGAAAAUUUUUCUAAACAAAGAAACCACGAAGCAGAUCCAAUGUACAAAGACGAGGUUAGAGCGACAAUUUUAGGACGAUUGGCCUAUUAUACUCCAGAAUCGUUUGUCCAACAUUUUGAAGCAUCGGUCAGUUUGGGUCGGACUGUUAAAGGUGCAAAUAUUGUCGGUAUCUUACCAGGAAUUCAUCGUAACUCAAAAUCUGAUUCAAUUGUACUGAUCGGUGCUCAUUAUGACACGACAAAACACUCACCCGGUGUAAAUGAUAACGGUUCAGGAGUGGCCGCACUACUUGAAAUGGUUCGUCUUUUGUCACCUCGAUCUGGUGAGUUAAAUCAUACCAUCAUGUUUGUCGCAUUUGACCUUGAGGAAAACGGGAUCCUUGGCAGUCUAGCGUUCGUUAAUCAAUAUUUAAUCCCAAAAGAGUUGAAGCCUAAGAAAACGAGCUUCACCGGAGCGUUUAUUAUGGACAUGAUUUUGAACUUUGAUCCAGCUAAACGAUCACAAACAUUACCAAACGACAUGACUCGAGCUGUACCUAAAGUAGGUACGUUCUUACGUGGUAAUCGAUAUGCCGGUGAUUUCAUCGCUCUGGUCACUCGACGGGAUCUCGAUGAUGGCCUUUUAGAACCUUUUAAAAAGGCUUGGUACACGAUGCCCGCUCAGAAUAAGUAUAAACUUCUCGUCAUUGACCCUCCGAUUCCUCAGUAUCCACAUUUUAUUUCCGCUUAUCGUUUCCGGAACUUUAUGAGAUCAGAUCAUGCCGCUUUUUGGAAUCAUCGAAACAGAGAUUUUUCAGUUUCUCUUCCGGCUGUUUUACUCACCGAUACAGGUCCAUUUCGAGGAGUCCAACGAGCCUGUUACCAUGAAUUCUGUGAUGAUAAGAACCAAAUUACAAACGAAAAUCUUGAUUUUCUAAAGCGGAUUGUCGAUACUCUCAUUUCAACAGUUCUCAAUUUAGCCAAUUAAUUUGUAAUAGAGAUAAUAAGACAAUAAAAUAUGCAAAUGUAAAAUAAUAAAAUGAAGAAAUUAUUUAGUUGGAAUUGGACAUUUUCGGUACAUGAGGUGAGCGAACAGGUAGCAAAGGAGAACAUAAAAGAAGAGA